GGGGGGGGGAAUCCCAGAAUGACGCCACAGUCAUUUCUUUUUCCCAUGUUGUUCAAAUUCAUUCAGAAUGUUUGCCUGCACCGUUUUAUCUUACUUUAACGUUACGACUAUAUUUAAAAAAAUAGCUAAUGAGCCUAAUAAAAAUCAAAUACAGUUAUUGAAACCUAGCAUACUUACCAUAACUAAGAAUGAGCUAAAAAGAAACAAAAGUAGCUAAAAUAUGCUGUAAAAUAUAAAGCAACCUGAAAUUGAAAGGGCAGGCCUUGGUUUUUCCAAGAUUACAUUACACGCGCUUUUUUUCGGAUAUUUAAGAACGGCAACACGAUUUGGGACUGCUUUUGUUUUAGAGUAGAGAAGGCGUGACGUGGAGAACCGGUAUGCCAACAUCGGUAUCACCCCAAGCACUGCUUUUUCCCACCUCUUAACAGUGGCUCUGGAAAAAAAAAAAACCACCAGUCGGCAGGCAGAAACUCCGGCGUUGAAGCCGCGCCGCUUGGCGGGCAAAGCGCCCUUCUUUUUCCGGGCCGAGCGCGAGCGCCUUUAGGCUGGAGGGGCACCUGGCGACGCUCAAGAAAGCCAGGCGGCCGAGACACGUGGUGGGCGCUUCCGCCUCGAGCGGUUCGGAGAGUCGCGCGCACGAGGAAAAUCUGAGACGUCGGGCCGGGGUCGAACCGCUCAGCUACUUCCUCGUGCUUGCAAAGUUGUCGUCGGUUCCGCCCCCUCGGCGGUCUGCCUGACCUAGCUCGGCUCUCCGCGCUCCAGCGGUGGCUCGAGCGGUUCUGACGGCGAGAGGCAGGAAUGCACCGGCAGGUCCAUCCUGGCUUCGGACGUGCUGUGCUGGGCGUGGUUCUUCGGCCGAUCCAACGAGGCUGAAGCGAAAAAACACGAGUCGGAGCCGGAACGCUUCAAAGAUGCAGCAUUGAUCCAAAGGUAGCUACUGAUCUUCAGAUCUUGCUGAAACUACUCAAUUCUGCAUAAUGAUGUCGUUGGGACACUUAAGCAAGGGAGUCAGCCUAGAUGAACUUAUUGAUACAUGUAUUGAUUCUUUUGAUGCAGAUGGAAACUUGUGUAAAAAUUACCAGCUCCUGUCAGUAAUUUUAACCAUGCAUCGACUUAUCAUCUCUUCCUCUGAAAUACUGCGAAAACUAAUUGAUCUAUAUAUGGGUGCCUUGGAAAAUAAUUCUUUGCUCUGCUGUAAGAUAUGUUAUCUUGUGAGGUAUUGGAUAAGAGAAUUCUGGGUCAUGUUUAAAACAGAUACUAGUCUUACAAAUACUAUGGAAGAAUUUCAGGAAUUGGUGAAAACUAAUGGUGAGGAGUUACACUGCCGCCUAAUUGACACAUCUCAAAUAAAUGCUCGAGAUUGGUCCAGAAAGAUAACCCAGAGAAUAAAAUCUAACAGCAGUAAGAAACGAAAAGUUUCACUGCUCUUUGAUCAUCUGGAACCAGAGGAAUUGUCAGAUCACCUCACUUACCUUGAAUUCAAGUCCUUCCGAAGAGUAUCAUUACUCUACCUGAAGUUUCCAGAUUAUCAAAACUACAUCAUAAAUGGAUGUGUGAAGGACAAUCCGACAAUGGAACGCUCAAUCACACUUUGUAAUGGUAUUUCACAGUGGGUGCAACUAAUGGUAUUAAAUAGACCAACACCACAGCUUCGAGCUGAAGUAUUCAUCAAGUUCAUUCAUGUGGCCCAGAAACUUCAUCAGUUGCAAAAUUUCAACACAUUAAUGGCUGUGAUAGGAGGUCUUUGCCACAGUUCCAUCUCUAGACUUAAAGAAACAAGUUCUCAUGUUCCUCAUGACAUCCAUAAGAUAUUCAAUGAAAUGACUGAAUUGCUGUCAUCCGGUAGGAACUAUGAUAAUUACAGACGUGCUUAUAAUGAGUGCAGUAACUUUAAAAUUCCUAUUCUUGGAGUACAUCUGAAAGAUUUAAUUUCCCUUUAUGAAGCUAUGCCAGAUUACUUGGAAGAUAAAAGAGUUAAUAUGCACAAAUUGUAUUCUUUGUACAAUCAUGUCAAUGAAUUGAUUCAGCUGCAGGAGAUAGGUCCUCCUCUGGAAGCUAACAAAGAUCUUGUCCAUCUCCUUACAUUGUCACUUGACCUUUACUAUACAGAAGAUGAAAUUUAUGAACUUUCAUAUGCACGAGAGCCAAGAAGUCACCGGGCUGCACCGCUGACACCUUGUAAACCACCAGUUGUAGCAGAUUGGGCAUCUGGAAUUGCCCCCAAACCUGAUCCAAAGAUAAUUAGUAAGCAUGUCCAGAGAAUGGUAGAUUCUGUUUUUAAAAAUUAUGACCAUGAUCAGGAUGGAUAUAUUUCUCAAGAAGAAUUUGAGAAGAUUGCUGCGAGCUUUCCUUUCUCCUUUUGCAUAAUGGAUAAGGACAGGGAAGGUCUGAUUAGCAGGGAUGAAAUUACAGCCUAUUUCAUGAGGGCCAGUUCAAUCUAUUCAAAAUUAGGCCUUGGCUUUGCCCACAAUUUCCAGGAGACCACUUACCUAAAGCCGACAUUCUGUGACAACUGUGCUGGAUUUCUUUGGGGUGUUAUUAAACAAGGAUAUAGGUGCAAAGACUGUGGAAUGAACUGUCAUAAGCAAUGCAAGGAUCUAGUUGUAUUUGAAUGCAAGAGAAGACCCAAAAUGACCGCUGUGGAUAAUAGUCCAACAACAGCUCUUGCAUCUAGCCUCUGUCCCAUGGGACUUAAAGAGCACAUGCAUGGGCUGGAGGAAGGAGGAUUUCCAUUUCCUAAUGGUGAGAUGGUUGAACAUAAUGAAGGCAGCAAAGAUAGAACUAUUAUGCUUAUGGGAGCCUCAACCCAGAAGAUCUCAGUAAGGCUAAAGCCAUCUGUGGUACACAGGAGUACACAAACUGAUAUAAUGAUGAUGCACGGUAAUGAUGUGUCUAAUUUACAAAGAGAGUCUGGAACAUUACCUGAAAGUAGUUUUCUACAGCCAUCUCCUGUGUUUCCAUGUCCAAGUCCAAUUCUUGGCCGUAAAAAGGCGUAUGUGAAAUGGGAAAAUAAGGAUUGCAGUCAAAAAGUGAAGGAAGAUCCACAAACACUAAAACCCACAUAUCAAGAACUAGAAAAGGAAAGAAAUGUUCUGACUGCAGAGAAUGAAGCUCUCAUGCUGCGCCUCAAACAAGCUCAUAAGAAGAUUGAAUUCCUCAGCAUUCAACGAAAUCACAUACUGGACACUAGGGAACAUGGAGAUUGCUUGUAGCUUAAAAGAAAGACAUAGUGAGGAAAAGGAUAAAGCCAGUGGGUUUUUUUUUAAUGUAUUUAAGUGUAUGUAAUUAAAUGUGUGCAGCAUGGCAGGAAUUUAAAGUAAGAUCGUCUUAUUUUCAUUGCUAUUAGUACUUUUGGAUGUAUAUAUUUUGUGCUAUCGAUUUAACCACUUUGCCUUCUGUUUAGCUGAAACUACAUCAUUUGGAGUGCCUGUUAUUUUUAGAGCAAGGAACACACCUGUUGCCAAAGUAACCAAACUGCAUUAUCAGAUAGGAAUGUGUAUCUUGGGCUAAUUUUUGCUAAUUUUGGCAAUGCAAACUUGAAAACGGGCAUGAUUUUUUCAUUUGAAACUUCACAAAUGUUGCUGCUUUAAUGGGCAUAUGAGUCAAACAGCCAUUUCCAUAUUCUUUUCAAAUUGGUUGGUUUCUUUUUCCAAGGAUACUCAUUUCAGAUAGGCAGUUCCAAAAGCUUCCUCUUUGCAGAGGUGUGCAGAAAUGGGCAAAAAUAUAAAGAUGCCAGCCACAAAAGUACAAUCAAAACUCCAUCUGUUAUUUUGUGUACAUCACAUACACACACACCCAACCAGUGGCAUGGUGGUUCAAUGACUUAAAAAUGCUGGAGGAGGUUUGUAUUCCAGCAGUUCAAGUCUUACCACUGUGUGACAGAGUAUGCUCCUCACUUGCCUCAGCUCCUAUCAUCCUAGCAGUUCAAAACCAUGUAAAUACAAGUAGAUAAAUAAGUACCACUUCAUGGGAAAGUAACAAUGUUCCGUAUUUUAUCAUACGUUUUGCACUGCAGUGUGAUGACUGGCCAUAUGACUGCAGAAAUGUCUUUUGACAGUGCUGCCUCAAUGGCUUAAAGAAAGAGAUGAGCAACACACCCUAAAGGUGGCUGCAAGUAGCAGAGUAAAACCCACAGGGACUUUUCUUUACACACACACACACACACACACACAUACACACACACACACACACAAACCAGACGCUCUUGGCACCACACCCUGCAGUUAUCCCUAUGCGAAAAGAUUUUCAACCUGGACUUUGGCACUGACGCUCUAAAACAAAGUCAAAAUGAGGGAAUUCACUGACUGUGGAUUUGCAUGAUCCAGCUUUAAAUUUUUUUUAAAAAAAAUAUUCCCAGAAAAAGGCUCCUGUUACUAAUGGUUUUGAUUUGGUUUCUAUUGUAGUCAAUAGGCAAGAUCUUUAAUUUGCUUGUAAAUCUUUAAUCAGUUCAGGCUUUCAUAGAAUAUAGAGAAGGAAUAAUCCAGAUUAGCAGUUAUUAAUUAUAACUGUGCCACAUGGACCAUUUCCUGCUGAUAGUAAAGUCAGUGCUGGUCAAUUUUAGUCUAAUAAUAUUUUGCCACAAGCACAACAAAGCUACAAUAGUAUUGCUUUUGUUCCACUAGCUGGAAGGUACAGGUAGUUCUUGACUGUUCAAAGAUACAAUGCAUCUCUGCCAGAAAUACUCAGUUCCAAAAUUCUGAUGACUACCCCUCCCUAGGAAUUUACAGAAGUUUGCAGCAUCCUGCGAUCACCUGACCAUGUUUUAGAAUGGUUUUGCUGAAAACUGGUGUUUCAUGUUUUCAGCAAAAAAAGUCCAUAGCAAAUCACUGCCUGUGCUUAAAAGCCUCAGCAUUUGCUUAGUGACCAUGAUGGUUACUUUAUCAUUAUAGUAGUUGCUAAACAGCUGCCACAAAAAAGCUCAUAAAAUUAGGUCAGUCAUGUGGGUGACCCGUUUUAUGACCAUCAUUAGUUAUGGCCAUGAUGGGCAGGCUCCAUUACAAUCAUAAGUCAAGGAGUAACCAUACAUUGCAUUGUAUUGAUACAGUUAUGAUGCAAAAUGAGAAGAAACAAUGUGUGAAUUCAGUGUGUACCAAUGUGAUAGAAAUAAGAUGGUUUUCAAGAACAGAAUAGAAUGGAGAGUUAUAGCAAAUCAUGGCUGUGCAAACUAGAUUCAACUGGAUUUCUUUUCUCUUUUUGCUCACACUUUUAACUCAUUUUCUGUGCUUUGCAUAACAUUUAGUUUGCCUUGAAAAGAAAUAGCAAAAUGAAAUAGUAUGUUGGGUAUGUAUGUAUUUGUGCUUAUACAUAUAAUAUUCAUCACAUUCUCUCAUAGUGAAAGGUGUUAUACUUCUUUUUAGACUAUUGUGAAAGAAAAUAUUCUGUCACUUGCCAAAUCCAUGUGCAGGAUUCCCCAGCCCUUCUGCACUUUUGCCAACCCAACCACUUACAAACAUCUGUGUACCUUCCCCGAUCUGCGCAGCACCGUUUGUGUAUAUCUCUAUGACCGAAAGUCAAGAACUACUUGAUAAGCACAAGAGAUGCUAAAAGCCACUUUUAUGUUUCAUGUCUAAAUCUCUUUUUUUAAUAGUAAUUUUAUUCAAAAUUGCAAUUACAGUUGCAACAAUAAAAAGUAGUUAUUAAGGAAAGAAGAAAAAAAGAAAAAAAUAAUAAAAAAGAAACUAUAUAAAGAUAUGAGUCCCCACUUCACCACAAGUAUAAAUCUUGAUCCCAUAUCCUAUUAUCUAGAAACAAAUAAAUAAAACUGCAUCAUUUCAGUCCAGUGUUAGCAAAAGUCCAUUAAGGAUUACCAGAGAUAACGUAUCUAUUUUAACCUUGAUCAAAUAAACCAACUUUAUAUUCCUUCAUUUUACUUCUAAUGUUGAUCUUUAGUCCCUUCAAAUAAUGUCCUAGAACAGGGUUGUCAAACUGCCAGCCCGUGGGACGGUUUUAUCAUACUGAAGCUACGCCCACCCCAUUGCCGGCAAUGCAAGAGUCAUGAUACGUCACGACACGUCACAUGACAUGGUGAGUUUGACACCCAUGUCCUAGAGCUUGCUUUCUUUUCACUUUUUGUCUCCUCUCACAAAAUUCUUCAAAGCUUUAACAAGCUACUUUUGUAAAUUCAAAAUGGGAAAAUUAUCCAGCUCAUUCUUGAUUUGUUAUUUGUAUAUCCCUUUUAAUUGUUAACAAAUUAGCUGGGGUUUUUUGUAUGUUCAACAUAAUGUCAUUUUUCAUGUCAUUCUUUACAAUUUUUGAAGGCGAUUACAAAAGGAAGUAUGCAAAUCCAGUGUCCCUUUAAAAGCACUGACUACGAUUUGAGCAAGGUGGCUAUUACCUCAUCUGUCAGAGCUCUAAAGCCACUGGUGACUGCUGUCUUGUAGUCUCCCCCCCCCAAAAAAAAGCAAAUGUCUGGAAUACUUGUGGGUGAUCUCAAGCGUUCUCCUUGUCUGAAGAGGAAUUACAAAGAGCUUGUUUAAAUUGCUGGCUUUUUUCUACUACGGUCAUUGGCUCUGCUUUUCACGGAACUGUCUUCAGUUCUUGAUUUCUUCCCUGGAAAUGUCUAAAUUCGCAUUCCAUGAUUCUAGAACUGACAAAUUAAUAGUACACUAUAAAAUAUUGUGCAACACACUGUUGAUUUUCAUGUAGCUUUUGUUAUAUUUAUUUACAACCUUAUUUUAAGGCUCUGAUCCCAAAUGUAAUUUAUUUUUUAUAACGAUGUAUUUCCCUAGCUAUAAUGAUAUUUGUACUUUUGUGCGUAAUAUAUACUCUUUUUUUGAAUAAUGUCAUGGUACUAAUAUUUGUACAUUUCCUUGUAAGGCUCAGCUUAAUAUGUUAGAUUCUUUAAAUAAGCAGCUUUUGUAAUACACAGUAUUUUUCAGAAAAUGUCUCCAGUUGAUGUUAGGUUUAAGUCUGAUUAUUUAAUGUAAAUUAUUGUAUAAUAUCAAAAAUGAUCAAUGCAUGUUUUUUUUAAAAGGUUGAAUUGAAAACUAGAAGUUAUACACUAAAUGUGAACUGAAAAAAUGAAAAUUCACUUGGUUGCA